AUGGCGGCGGCGGCCCGCCUGCUGGCGGAGCUGUCUCUGGUGGUUCUGGCCUCCGGGGGCGCCGCCCGCUGCCCGGCGGCGUGCCGGUGCGAGACGCGCCCCUGGUUCUCGCCCAGCUCCGCGUACGCCGAGACCGCCACCGUGGACUGUCACGACGCGGGCCUCUCGGCGCUGCCGGAGGGCCUCCCCUCGGAGACGCAGGUGCUGCUGCUGCAGAGCAACAGCAUCGGCCAGGCGGACGCUCUGGACCGCUUGGCCAACAUCACCGAGGUCGACUUGUCCCAGAACAACAUCUCCUCCGUGGGCGCCCUUCGCCUGGGGUCGCUCCCCCGGCUGCUGUCGCUCCACUUGGAGGAGAACUGGAUCCGGGAGCUGACCGGCGGCUUCCUGGCCUCGCUGCCCCGCCUCCAGGAGCUCUACAUCAACCACAACCGGAUCGUCUCCAUCGACCCCGCGGCAUUCCGGGGUCUGAGCCGGCUGCUGAGGCUCCAUCUCAACGCCAACCGCCUGACGAGCGUCAGCAGCCGGUGGUUCCAGCAUCUGCCCGACCUGGAGAUCUUGACGUUGGGAGAAAACCCCGUCGUCCGGCUGUCGGACAUGAACUUCAAGCCGCUGGCGAACCUCCGGAGCCUCGUGCUCGCCAAGAUGAACUUGACCGAACUGCCGGCCGGCGCUCUGGACGGCCUGGAGAACCUGGAGAGCAUCUCGUUCUUCGACAACUCGCUCGGCCGAGUCCCGCGAGCCGCGUUGACCAAAGUGCAGAAUUUAAAGUUUCUGGAUUUGAACAAGAACCCCAUCGAGAGGAUCCGGAGAGGCGACUUCGUGGACAUGAUGCACCUCAAGGAGCUGGGCGUCAGCAGCAUGCCGGAGCUGGUGUCCAUCGACGGCUUCGCCCUCGACAACCUGCCGGAGCUGACGAAGGUGGAGGCCACCGGCAACCCCCGGCUGUCCUACAUCCACCCGACGGCCUUCCACCUGCUGCCCAGGCUGGAGACCCUGAUGCUGAACGGCAACGCCCUGAGCGCGCUGCACCGCCGCACCGUGGCGUCCCUGCCCGGCCUGCGGGAGGUCGGCCUGCACGGCAACCCCAUCCGCUGCGACUGCGUCAUCCGCUGGGUCAACAUGAACCGGACCGCCGUCCGCUUCGCGGAGCCCGACUCCUUGUUCUGCGCCGAGCCCCCGGAGUACCGGGGCCGGCGCGUCCGCCAGGUGCACUUCAGGGAGAUGGCGGAGAUCUGCCUUCCCCUGAUCUCGCCCGGCAGCCUCCCGGACCGGGUGGAGGUCGGCGAGGGGAGGUCGGUGUCGCUGCACUGCCGGGCGUUCGGGGAACCGGAGCCGGAGAUCUUCUGGGUGACGCCGUCGGGCGACAGGGUGCUACCGGGCGGCGCGUCCGACAAGUACUAUGCGCACCCCGAGGGGACCUUUGACCUCUACCACGCCACGGAGCGGGAGGCGGGCUCGUACACCUGCGUCGCCCACAACCUCGUGGGGGCGGACCUCAAGGUCGUGACGGUCUCCGUGGGCGGGUCCGCCGCCCGGCGGUUGAAUCGGCCUCUGCAGGUGAUCGUCACCUCCGUGCAGUCUCAUUCUUUCAGGGUUUCCUGGGACAGCGCCGGGGGUUCGGUAUCCCGACUGAACUGGUCCAUCGUAUCCCCCGGCGACGGCGGCGGCCUCCUGACGCCGCUCGCCGCCCGGCUCCCUGCCGAUGUCAAGGAGUACCACGUCAAGCGUCUGAAGGCCUCCACUCGCUACCGGUUUUGCGUCGAGGUCACCGCGGCGGCGCCGGAUUGCGUCGACGUGACCACGAAGGAGGCCGCGCCCCCGAGGGGGCGGACCGAGAACUGGGACGGUCUGGUGAUGGCGUCCUGCGCCGCGCUCUUCAUCGUGGUCGCCGUGGCUUCCUCCCUCAUCUACACGUCUCUGUACGGACACAUUUUCUACAGGAAGCUCAAAGAAGACGAUGAGAUGCCGCUGAUACCCAGCACUGACUCCUCCUCCUCCUCCUCCUCCUCCUCCUCAGGGGUCAAGGUGAGGGCCACAGUCAUAGACCUUCCAGAUGACUCCAUGUGAGCACUUUGAGGAGGAGUAAAGGACGAUGUCGUUCUCUCGUAAAAGACUUUUAAAGGAACAGUGAGACCAUUUUGUAUUUCUAACCUGCGUCGUCAUGACGAUGUUAAUCAGCCGGACAUCGUGACUUUCAUCUACUUUGAGACGCGGGAAAGACUUACAAAGUUCAUCUCUCAAAGACUUUGAAGCUUCGAUGUUCUGAUGUGUUCGUGAAGAUAAUAAAACACGUUGUUGGUCCGGUGUUCGAUUAAACCGUAAAACUGUUUUAUGACGAAUACAUUUUCCAUUAAAGCCGCGUUGUGUCUGAUCUGUUCUCUUCCUACGUGAAACACGUAGGAAACGACCAGCUGGGACUCAUUGCCACGAAAAAAUUAAAAAAGAAACUCUUUGAAAUGCAAAAACACUAAUUUGAGUGGUUCUUAAA